AUGGCAAUCCAAGCAAACUGCGGCGCCUCUAUCGAAGACGUUGUUGCCAUCGGCCCUGAGUCGGAGAGUAUAGUGGCAUGGCGUGAAAGAUGUGGAAUCAGGACAGAUUCUCAAAUUCGUCUUGUUAAACUGGCGCAUAUGCGAUACCAGCACCCCGACCUGGAUGAAAUUACUGUGUUUCUUCAGGAUUUUGGUAUGACAAUCGCAAAGCAGACCGAUGACGAAGUUUGGUAUCGCGGUUAUGGAGUAGACCCCUACGUCUACUAUGCUAGGAAGGGGCCGAAGCAGUUCCUUGGUGGCGCAUUUGAAGUUGAAUCUUACCAGGAUCUCCAGAGGGCAACUGAACUACCGACAGCCGGAAAGAUCGAAGAGCUCACAGAUGCCCCUGGGGGAGGCUAUAUGGUGACACUGACAGACCCGGAAGGCUUUCAGAUGAAUUUAUUCUUUGGACAGACUCAAGCCAUUCCUGGACCAUAUCCGAAGAUUCUCGAGAUCAACUAUGAGACCGAGAAGCCAAGAGUUCGCCGGUUCCAGCGGUUUCAGCCAGGGCCUGCUGCAGUCCACAAACUUGGUCACUACGGUGUUUGCACCACAAACUUCGAAGCACUCGUCGAAUUUUAUACUAAGAACUUCAAUAUCGCCCCAACAGACUUCCUCUACAUCGAAAGAGAAGGAAACAAGAAGAAUGUGGCUCUAUUUGCCCGCAUCGACCGAGGCGAGAAGCAUGUUGACCACCAUACCUUCUUCAUGAGCUCCAAUCCGACAAGCCACGUCCACCACUGCUCAUUUGAAGUCCAUGACUUCAACACACAGAAACUAGGCCACCAAUGGCUUGCUAAAAAAGGGUACAAGUCAGUGUGGGGUGUUGGUCGGCAUAUUCUCGGAUCGCAGAUUUUCGACUACUGGUGGGAUACGACGGGAAAUAUGAUUGAGCACUAUGCGGAUGGGGAUUUGGUAAAUGAUCAGACACCCAUCGGGUAUGGACCGGCGGGCGAUGAGUUUCUCGCUGUGUGGGGACCAGAAGUUCCUUCUUGGUUUUUGCAGUGA